ACCUCGACUCGAAGUGGUCGGUGGACGAUGUUUAACUGGACGCAACAUUGGAAACCUACUGAGGCCCUUAGGAGGAAAUAGUGGCCACAGGGGGCUGGGGGGAAGAGGGACAUUGAUGUGUCUCAAGAUUUGAAGGUAGUCACUUUCAGGGCUGCGCACCAUCUGUGUCCGAGGCGCUCGAGUGCCAGUUUGAAGAGGGCUCAUUUCGGGACCACACCCAGACCCGCCCAAGCAGAACAUCCGGAGUUGGGGCUGGGGAAAAUACGUACUUUAUAAACGGCCGACCGUCCAGUGGAUCCCCCCCCGGAUUUCGAUAAACCACUCUUAAAGCGACACCUGCAGAACAUGCUGUUGCUUUUCCCUGUCAUCGGGGAAGCGCUGUGUUGGUUAGGCAGCUCCUCCACCCCGAACAGGUCACCUGUCAAAGAUUUAUCAGCAGACGGCAAUUUCUUCACUGCCAAAAUGACAUCACUUUCCACCUCUGCCCAGUGUUCAACUUCUGACAGUGCUUGCAGGAUCUCUCCAGAACAGACCAAUCAGGUACGACCAAAACAGCCACUUUUGAAGAUUUUGCAAGCAGCAGGUGCACAAGGAGAAAUGUUCACUGUUAAAGAGGUCAUGCAUUAUCUCGGCCAGUACAUCAUGGUGAAGAAGCUUUAUGAUCAGCGGGAGCAGCAUAUGGUGUAUUGUGGCGGAGAUCUUUUAGGAGAAUUGCUAGGACGUCAGAGCUUCUCCGUGAAAGAUCCAAGCCCUCUCUAUGAUAUGCUAAGAAAGAAUCUUAUCACUUUAGCCUCUGCUACUACAGAUGCUGCUCAGACUCUCGCUCUCGCACAGGAUCACAGUAUGGAUAUUCCAAGUCAAGACCAACUGAAGCAAAGUGCAGAAGAAAGUUCCAGUUCCAGGAAAAGAACGGAAGAAGGCAAUAUUCCUGCACUGCCUACCUCACAUCAUAAAUGCAGAAGUUCUAGAGAAGAUGAAGACUUCAUAAAAAACUUAACCCAAGAUGAGACAUCUAAGCUGGACCUUGGGUUUGAGGAGUGGGAUGUAGCUGGGCUGCCUUGGUGGUUUUUAGGAAACCUGAGGAGCAACUAUACACCUAGAAGUAAUGGCUCGACUGAUUUACAGACAAAUCAGGAUAUAGGUACUGCCAUUGUUUCAGACACCACAGAUGACUUGUGGUUUUUGAAUGAAUCUGUAUCAGAGCAGUUUGGUGUGGGAAUAAAAGUUGAAGCUGCAGACACUGAAGAAACAAGUGAAGAAGUAGGGAAAGUGAGAGACAAAAGGGUGAUUGAAGCAGGAAAAAAUGAUGACCUUGAGGACUCUAAGUCCCUAAGUGACGAUACUGAUGUAGAAGUUACCUCUGAGGAUGAGUGGCAAUGUACUGAGUGCAAGAAAUUUAAUUCUCCAAGCAAGAGGUACUGUUUUCGUUGCUGGGCGUUGAGGAAGGAUUGGUAUUCGGAUUGUUCUAAGUUAACCCAUUCUCUCUCCACGUCUGAUAUCACUGCCAUACCUGAAAAGAAGGAAAAUGAAGGAAUUGAUGUCCCCGAUUGCCGGAGAACCAUAUCAGCUCCGGUUGUGAGACCUAAAGAUGUAUGUACAAAGGAAGAAAAAAAACCCAGACUUUUUGAUCCUUGCAACUCGGUGGAAUUCUUGGAUUUGGCCCACAGUUCUGAAAGCCAAGAAACAGUAUCAAGCAUGGGAGAGCAAUCCGAUAACCUUUUUGAACAGAGAACAGAUACAGAAAACAUGGAGGAUUGCCGGAAUCUCUUGAAGCCAUGUAGUCUGUGUGAGAAGAGACCACGAGACGGGAACAUUAUUCAUGGGAGGACAGGGCAUCUUGUCACUUGUUUUCACUGUGCUAGAAGAUUAAAGAAGGCUGGGGCUUCCUGCCCUAUAUGCAAGAAAGAGAUUCAGUUGGUUAUUAAGGUUUUCAUAGCGUAGCUGACUUAGUGGAUUGGAGAGAAAUAUUAACAGGGCCAGGUGUGUAUCAAAAUGCCAGUAUUGAGCAUCUCUACCUAGCAUAGCCCUCUAUAUCUAUUUAUUUAUGUAAACAUCUCUGUGUCACAUUUUUGCUUCUACACGUAGAGCGAAUUUGACAGUGAGUUCUUUAGAACUAGAUUAUCAAUUUGGGGGACGGACUCCCAAUAACAUGAAAAGAUCCAUUAACCACUUCAUUCUCUCUCUAAAGAUGAAGAUCUGGGAGAAGCAACUGCCAGUACAAACAAAAGUACUUUAAUUCAUUCACUUACCGAGUUACUUGAAGAUUUACUCUUCCUUCAGUUAAUUUUAUUCCCUAGCCUUUUUUUUCUCUUAGGGAAUGGUUUUAGGCACCCAGAUCCAAGAAAAGUAUUAGAGCUAACAGUGAAAAAAAAAAAAAAUCCAAACAAGUAAUUUGAUUAGUCCGGUUGUGAAAUGCUAUAAAUCGCUUUAUGGUUGCGAUUAGUCCACGCAGUUUGGAUAAGUCCAAAGAAAAGUCUUGAAAAACAAGAUAUUUAUCCUAUGUGUGCCUAGAACACUGAGCAUUUUUGCUAACAUAUCCCUGAAAGAAUUUUAAAAAGCUGUAUGUAACCUUUUGCACAUUUUACACCUUAGGAUAUGAUUAGCAAACAGAGUGUUCCCUUCUGGUGAGUUGUAGACACCUGAGUACCCAACCUAAAACAAGCUACUCCAAGGGGACGGUUUCUGUCCCUUGUAACCCUUCCCACCCAGUUUCUCCUCCAUUUCAUGGCUCUCAUUCUAGGGUAGUUUUCCUUUUGCACAUGUUUAAUGUGACAUCUAAAUUUUAAAAAUAAAUUUAAGUACUUAACAAAGGAUACCCUAUCCAGUAUAUUGUAUAUGUGCCUUAAAAAUAUUUUUCUCAAAGUCUUGGAGUUGUAGAUUUAGCUGAUUGAAUUUAUAGGAAAAGUCCUGUUAUAUAAAGUAGCAAAGCCUGCUCUCAUUUUAAAACUCACCAGCCAAAUCAGAUUCCAUUUUCAGUCAGAAAAUGUUUGACUUUAAUUCAGAUAAAAGCAUUAACACAUUUCUGGCAUAACCUUCUCAGUUACAGUUCUAAGAUAGAUGAGGUACAGAGUUUUUAAUCUAAGCUCUCUUUGCUUUACUCUAUCCUCAUUGUCCCUUAAAAAUUCUCCGGCUUUUUUUUUUUUUUUUUCUUGUUGUUCUUUUGUUUGAUGCCUCUAGGUUUUUUACAGUCUGAGGCAAUGCCCAGUAGUAAGAUUCUAGGUGGGUGUGAGUCAACCUUUCUUUUGGAAAUACAGAGUAUGGCAGUUGUGAAAAUGAAAAUAAUUAAAAAUGUUAGGUCUGAAGGAUCAUUAUAUGAGCCCAUAAAUCUUGGGGCAAUGCAUAUGGAAAUUGAAGAUCUUUAAGCUGAUGUUCUUAUAUAUAUCCCUGUCUGCCUUCCCCAUUGGAAAAAUCUCGAUGUAUGCCCAGGGGUUUGCAUAUGAGAUUUUGAAGACCAUAGCCUACUGGAAUCAGCAAAUUUAUGGAUCAUAAAAAUCACCUGGGUUGCUUGUUAAGAAAAACCCAAGUCAAAAAAAAAAAAAAGGAAAAAGGAAAAAAAAAACUGAAUUCAAACAGUAGCACCGUUUCCCCUCCAUGAAGGGGUUUCUUUCCAUUAGAGCGUGUGUUCUGGAAGCUGGUUAAGUGGUCCACAGACCACACUUUGGGAAGCCCUGCCCUAGAAAAGGGUUUUCCCAGUUACAAGAAGUACAACAAAGGUCGCUUUUAGCAUCUUAUUUGAUUUCUUGAGGGGGAGUUUUGUUGAAAGUUCUAGAAGUUUAAAACUAGAAUGCACUCUUAAACCCAGCCCCUUUUAUUUUGCACUUGAGGCUAAAAAGUUAAACGACAGCCGAGAGUCCAAGCUAGUGAUGCCUCUGUUACUAGAACCUAAGUCACUUGUAGUUAAGUCCCAAAACCAUGCUCACUUUCUUCUCAUUAUUUGUUAAAAUAUUUGAAGGGUGAUACUUGUGGAAUUUGGAUUCAGGGUGCUAAUCAUUGAAAUCUUGAAGAAUAUGAGUUGCAGUCAAAGUAAGACUUCCUUAUUAACACUUUCUUCCUAAAGAGAAAAGGCCAAUUAAAUACCAACCUUUCUUUCUUUCUUUCUUUUUUUAAAUUAACAUACUGUAUUAUUUGCCCCAGGAAAUGUCAGUCUUUCUUAUAUAUCCAGAUAAGUUACUCUUCCCACAGGGAGAGGACAGAUGAAGGUGCAGAGGAACCUGAACCCCUUUCUCCAGUAUUGUUCCUUUUCAGGGAAGGAAGCCUAGGUCUCUUGCUCUCUCUAAGUAUCAGGGACAAGGGUUUUCCCCUGGAAGCAGAAUGGGCCCUUGGACUGCAUUGUUUUAUUAGGCCAUAGUGCAUAAGCAAGUUAAAUGUCUGUCUUCCCUAUGUUCUCCCUAGUGCUCCUCUCUUCAGAACAGUGUGAUGGCCCUCAAUUUCGUCUGGUUUUUGCCAGUUAGGAGCUUUUGCAGGUAAUGACCUAAAAGAGGGACGGGGAGAGUAGGGGAUGUGCACUUGCGCCCUCUGAUUCUUCUUACAUAAAGCUGCAGGUUGGUUUUUUUUUUUUUUUUUUUAGAAAACUUAAGAGAAAAUUUUAAAAAUUUUAUUUGCCUCUGUAGAUACUUGAUGCUCAUUUUGGCACAUCCUCGCCUGUCACAGGACCCACUUCUGCUACUCAGCUUUCCUUCUUCUCCCCCUUGCUCACCCAAGUUUUUUACUGUUCCUGUUACCACUAAAUUCUUAGGAGAUCCCAAGCUGCGUGUUUGAGCUGUGCAUUUAGAAUAAACCAAUACUUGGGUUUACUGUCCCUCUAGCAAGAGCCCUGUGACUACAGCUGUUACAGAGAAAGAGCUGAUAGUCCUUUGCUUAUCUGAGUCCCAGGCCAGGCCAGGCUGCCGCUGCCGGAGCACAUUGUUUUCCUUCACCCAGAAUCCUUCCUUCGUGUCUCCUGGGAGUGUAGGACAGCAAGGAGGAUUCUGCAUUUCUUGCUGUAGAAUGGGUCGAGGAUCCUACAAAGAGCCAAAUAGUGCUAUCAGAGCAAUUCUUAACCCGCAAGAGACUUUACAUCAUCUUGAUUCCUCUUUGAUUUUGUUCUUUUUCAAGGCUACUGCGGUACAGAUGUAUUUUACUCACUGCCAUGAAAGUAACCUGUGAUUUGUAUGAAGUCUUCAUGAUAAACUCUUGGCUUUCUCCACACUACCGUUACCUUUUAGUCGUAGUCAGAGUGAACCAGGGCUCUGGUUUCUGGAGACAGUGCUAGUUUGCCCCUCUUCUCCAGCGGCCCGUCUGAUCGGUCUCCUUUUCUCUUUCAUUCUCAGCUGCUUGAGUUGAAAUCUUGAUUGUGAGGAAAGGCUCCAUUCCAAUAGGUACCCGAAGAGUUGACUGCUUCUGCUGUAUCAUGCUGUAGACUUAGGAUUAAGGAGAUCAUCCCACAUUAGUGCUAGAUUCUUUACUUUCUUUCUUUUUUUUAAAGUAAUCUCAAUGCUCAACGAGGGGUUUGAGAUCAGGAGUCGUACACUCUAUACUGACUGAGCCAGCCAGGUGCCCCAGUGCGCAAUUUCUUAUUUUAAUUAUCCUUUAAUAUUUAUGAUCAUGUUAUCCUGGACAAAAAGUUCACUGCAAAAACAAUGAACAUAUCCUCAGAAACCUUGAAUUUCUAGGUUACAGAUCAGAAUGUCUCCUGUCUCAUUAACUCACUGUUCUUGCACCGUACUUAGUAUAUUUGCUAUGUUUUUGUAUCAGAUACUUAAAUCAGACUUUAUAAAAAUCUUAAGACCAAGCCUUCAGAUGAUCUUUCCCCAAAGUCCAAUCCAAUCCUACGCUUGAACAAUGGAUCAACGUCCGCUGGGCCAGCCUACAAACUGUCAUGAACUUUGCUAAUACAAGGUGGGAUCACUGCCAAGCACUUGAAAUACAUGAUUGUGUUUUAAUAAUAAUUUAUGUAUAUCUAGGUGUAUAUAAUGCUUUGUGGGUCAUUUGUUUGUAAAAAUUUUAUUUUUAAAGGUCAGGAUAAUCUGUGGCAUUU